UAAGGUUUUACCUAGGAGCUCCACCAUUAGCAGAUCUUAAGUCAUUUGUGCCCUGCCCAUUUCGGGGACCAAAACUGAAAGUUCUAUUUUAUAUGUAAUCUAAUCAAGAUAGUUACAAUUAAUGUACUGAACAAUAGUUGGACUUCAUCUAGAUUAACCAUUUUUUCAUUACAAAAAAAAUGUCUUAUUCAGUCCCAAAAAUUGGCAGGGACCAGGGUAUUCAUGUUCAUGUUCUUGUUGACAUUUUUAUUUAUGUACUUGAAUGCAUGGUGUAGUAAAAUUAUUGUAACUUUAAUCUCUACCUAUGUGUCAAAUCAUUGUGAAACCGAUUUGUAUAUCAUUGACUUUUAUAAUAUUUUGUCUCAUUUUUUUUCUUGUUUUUAUUAUCGCAGAUGUGGCUGUGCAACUUAGAGAAGGAGAUAUCUAAAACAAAGCAGGUAUGCCAAGACCAAAGAAGAGCAAAGGGAAAAGUGGAUCAAGACCGGAUAAAGGCUAUGAUGUUUUGGUGCAAUGGCAUUUGAAUGGUGCAAACAACAUUGUUCAUUCACCACUCCUUCAGUGGACAGGGAAGAUGACAAAAGGGAAAGAGGUGAUCAUGGACUAUGAAGGGACUCUGUGGCAAGGAAUCGUUCUCGAUUCAGAAUAUCUUGAAGAUUCAGAAUCGUCUGAUGAGGAAUUUGACAUCCCCCUGGCACGACUUUCUGACAAAUAUGCAGAAGCAAAACUUGGUCCUCUACCCGUAUCAUCGCCAUCACUUCCUGAAGAUUCAACAGGAUGUGGAUCUGGAUUGCCUGAACCAAUAUCCAUCGCAAGUGACCAGAUAACACAGUCUGAUGAGGAAUUUGACAUCCCCCUGGCACGACUUUCUGACAAAUAUGCAGAAGCAAAACUUGGUCCUCUACCCGUAUCAUCGCCAUCACUUCCUGAAGAUUCAACAGGAUGUGGAUCUGGAUUGCCUGAACCAAUAUCCAUCGCAAGUGACCAGAUAACACAGUCUGAUGAGGAAUUUGACAUCCCCCUGGCACGACUUUCUGACAAAUAUGCAGAAGCAAAACUUGGUCCUCUACCCGUAUCAUCGCCAUCACUUCCUGAAGAUUCAACAGGAUGUGGAUCUGGAUUGCCUGAACCAAUAUCCAUCGCAAGUGACCAGAUAACACAGUCUGAUGAGGAAUUUGACAUCCCCCUGGCACGACUUUCUGACAAAUAUGCAGAAGCAAAACUUGGUCCUCUACCCGUAUCAUCGCCAUCACUUCCUGAAGAUUCAACAGGAUGUGGAUCUGGAUUGCCUGAACCAAUAUCCAUCGCAAGUGACCAGAUAACACAGUCUGAUGAGGAAUUUGACAUCCCCCUGGCACGACUUUCUGACAAAUAUGCAGAAGCAAAACUUGGUCCUCUACCCGUAUCAUCGCCAUCACUUCCUGAAGAUUCAACAGGAUGUGGAUCUGGAUUGCCUGAACCAAUAUCCAUCGCAAGUGACCAGAUAACACAGUCUGACAGCCAUGCAGAUUCUCCGCUCCAUCCAAACAUGCAGUGUGGUCAGAGAAAUCCUGAAACAUGUGACAAUUUCAUGUGUACUGAUGAAGUUUGGGCAGCGUGUCCAGAGUGCUUGUGUUUCUUAUGCUUCCUUCAUUUUAACUUACGUGAUGAUUGCCUUUGUCAUAAUCUUGCAUUCAAUCUCAGUGAAAUUCCACUUGACAUCAGUUCAAGUGCAUCACAGUACCAAGGGCUCACCAACGAAGAAGAAAGGAACAAUGAAGACGAGGUUAUGCCGUUAAUGGAAUCAAGAAGAGGAAACUUUGAAAACCAAGCCUCAUUGGAUACAAGAGUUGAAGAGAACGGAGAUCAGGUACUGAUGGCGACUCUGGAAUCAAAACAAUCCGAUGCGACCGACUCAUUAGAUAUUCCAGAGCAUCUUGAAGAAGCUAGCCUUCCCCAGGAAUCAGCUGAUAAUAGUCAACUGUCUCCUGAAUCAUUUCAAGUAGAUGGGGAAAGAGCAUUGGAAGUGCCAGAGCAGCCAAAGACGGUGAAGAGUAGAAAUCAAUUAGUCAAAGAACGGAGAAAUGCUGGUUACAGCUAUGAGAGUGAAAAGAGUAAGGAACUAAAAGCGGCGAGGAGAUUUGCUAGCUACGAAACCUCAUGUGAAAAGUGUCAUUUCAGAGGACUUAGUUGCAACACAUUUAGUUGCAACACUCGUGAAGCUAUUAGAUCAGCUUUUUAUGACCUUGCUGAUCUGACAAAGCAGAGAGAAUGGAUUGGACGGCACACGAACAGAUUCAAGAAAAGAAGUCAAGAAAGAUCAGAAAAUGUGCGUAUUUCCUGCCCAAUGCAGGUGAUCCAUGCAUUAAAGUUCGUGUAUGCAAAGCGAUGUUCGUGGGAACAUUAG